GGCGCCUGGUCUUCCGCCGGCUCCUUGGCUGCACCGCCCCGGGCACAUGGCGUGUCUGGCGGCCGCGCUCUCCCUGGGCAGCGCGCUGAAUGCCAGCAACUCUGCCUCUGCUGUGAUGGAGCCAAAGUCAGUGUGCGUUUCAGUGGAUGAGGUGGUCUCCAAUGCCAUGGAUAGCCAAGAGGCGCGGCUCCUGAAUGGGCACAUAAAAAAGGUGGACAACAUGCUGACUGAAGCCCAUCGUUUCUCUUACUUACCGCGGAGACCAGCUGUGAACAUUGUGUUUAAGGAACUGUCGUACUCUAUCCAAGAAGGACCGUGGUGGAGGAAGAAGGGCUACAAGACCCUGCUGAAAGGAAUUUCAGGAAAAUUCAGCAGUGGAGAACUUGUUGCAAUUAUGGGUCCUUCUGGGGCUGGGAAAUCAACUCUCAUGAAUAUCUUGGCAGGAUACAGAGAGACCGGGAUGAAAGGCGAAAUUCUCAUUAACGGACAGCCACGUGACCUGCGCAGUUUUCGCAAAGUGUCCUGUUACAUCAUGCAAGAUGAUAUGCUGCUCCCUCAUCUCACUGUCCAGGAAGCCAUGAUGGUGUCUGCUCAUCUGAAACUUCAAGAGAAGGAUGAGGGCAGAAAGGAGAUGGUAAAGGAAAUCUUGACAGCUCUGGGUUUGCUCUCAUGUGCCAACACAAGAACUGGGAGUCUUUCUGGAGGCCAGAGGAAGCGUCUUGCCAUUGCUUUGGAGCUGGUGAAUAACCCCCCGGUUAUGUUCUUUGAUGAACCUACUAGCGGCUUAGACAGCGCAUCCUGUUUUCAGGUUGUGUCUCUGAUGAAGGCUUUAGCCCAGGGUGGCAGGUCCAUCAUCUGCACUAUCCAUCAGCCAAGUGCAAAACUGUUUGAGCUAUUUGAUCAGCUGUAUGUCUUGAGUCAAGGUCAAUGCAUUUACCGUGGGAAAGUGUUAAAUCUAGUCCCUUACUUGAGAGAUUUGGGUUUAAAUUGUCCAACCUACCACAAUCCAGCAGAUUUUGUGAUGGAGGUUGCAUCUGGUGAAUAUGGUGACCAGAACAGUCGGCUUGUAAGAGCAGUGGGGGAGAGGAUGUGUGACACUGACUACAAGAGAGACGUUGGUGGUGAAAACGAAUUAAACCCCUUCUUAUGGCACCGACCAUCUGAAGAGGAUUCUUCAUCCACAGAAGGCUGUCACAGCUUCUCAGCCAGCUGCCUCACCCAGUUCUGCAUCUUGUUUAAAAGAACUUUCCUCAGUAUCAUGAGGGAUUCGGUCCUGACACACUUACGGAUCACAUCACAUAUUGGAAUUGGAAUUCUCAUAGGCUUACUCUAUUUAGGGAUUGGAAAUGAAGCCAAGAAAGUCCUGAGCAACUCUGGCUUCCUCUUUUUUUCCAUGUUAUUCCUUAUGUUUGCUGCUCUCAUGCCAACUGUCCUUACGUUUCCUUUGGAGAUGGGAGUAUUUCUCAGGGAGCAUCUGAACUACUGGUACAGUCUGAAGGCUUACUAUCUAGCUAAAACCAUGGCUGAUGUCCCUUUUCAGAUUAUGUUUCCUGUAGCUUACUGCAGCAUUGUAUACUGGAUGACUUCACAGCCCUCCGAUGCGCUUCGAUUUGUCCUCUUCUCAGCCCUGGGGACAAUGACAUCAUUGGUGGCUCAGUCACUGGGUCUUCUAAUUGGUGCAGCCUCCACAUCACUUCAGGUGGCAACAUUUGUGGGUCCUGUCACAGCGAUCCCUGUUCUUCUUUUCUCAGGAUUCUUUGUCAGCUUUGAUACCAUCCCAGCCUACCUCCAAUGGAUGUCCUACAUCUCAUAUGUCAGGUAUGGUUUUGAGGGAGUCAUUCUUUCCAUCUAUGGUUUAGAUCGGGAAGAUCUUCACUGCGACAAAGAUGAUACUUGUCAUUUUCAAAAAUCAGAGGCCAUCUUGAAAGAACUAGAUGUAGAAAAUGCCAAACUUUACUUGGACUUCAUCGUACUUGGAAUUUUCUUCUUUUCUCUGCGCCUAAUUGCCUAUUUUGUUCUCAGAUACAAAAUCAGAGCAGAGAGGUAAAGGAAGAAAACAAAACAGAACAGUCCAGUAGGAAGAACAUUAGACUUGCAGUAGAGGGCACUUGUCAUUGUCUCAAUGUGGCAGGCCAGUGUUCAGUGCCCAGUUACAGACACUGUUAUGACCUAGCCCAUAAAGAACCAUACGAGGCUAGUGGAUAUAUAGUGUUAAGCUAAUCAGUCCAGCUGGGUUGGGUCAUGUUUUCAUUACACUUUCUAGCUUUAACUAGGAAGAAGAAAUAGAAGGGAAUUUUGCAAUGUAGACUAUCAACUCUGAGGCAGUGUAACAAUAACAAUAACUGGUUACAAGAACUUUCCUUUAAGUAAACCUUCUUUGUGAUAAGGUAAUUUUAGUCCUGAUAGCCAGAGUUGGUAAAAUGACAUCUUUACACAGCUGGGGAAUAUUAAUUAACACUCAAAUACAAAGUGGGGAAUGCAAAGAGAGAAGGAUUAUGUCCUGUCCUUGAAUUCAGAACUUCAUCUUUGCAAUUUUCUAUCGAUCACUUUUCUUUCCCACAAGAAUUACCCCCGUAAGCCAAAAUUCUGUAAAUGUAUUAGUUCACAAGAAAAGAUAUCUUUUUAAUAUGGAUGGAUAACAACAUUUUUUUAAAAGAUCAUAGUAAUAAGUCACUUUAUUUUUUUUGUGUCUAAAUUUAGAAUUCUGGUGCUUUAUUUGAUGAGCUGGUCUCAGAUUAAAAAAUUAUAAUAGUAAUGGAAAAUGAGAAAUUCCAACUCAGCACUGUAAACCUGUUAAUCAUAUUUGUGGGGGGGAAAUAGAGCAGAGUCAAUCAGGAAUGUUUAAAACUGUCCACAGAUGAUUAAACAAUCAGCCUGUGUUUUCGAAGUCUUUUAAACUCACUUCAUUUGUGAUGUGGAAAAUACUAAUUCUGUUCAUUAUCACAUGAACUACCUCCUGUGAAUGCAAAAGCAAAAGUCUCCAAGGCUAUUUUCACCAACAAUGAGUGAAAGUAAAAUCUAUCCCCAGUGCUUGUGAGAAUGCUCAAGGACAAUGGAAAAGUCAUCUUGAAAGUAAGAGCUAUCAUUUGUUCAGAGUUUGAAAGCUUAGCACAUUAUAUUAGAACACAUGUGACAGUUUGCAUGGAAUUGUUUAAAAUUUCUGCAUUCAUCAUAAAAUGAAUUUACAUUUGAAUAGGUGGAGGCAGUGUGAUGUGAUAAAAAUAACACCGCCAACCAAUUCUGUUUUUGUCCAAAUCUACCUGGGGAUUAAUAGCUAAGUGGUCUAAAGAGUAGGGAUUUUUUUUUUUAUACAUGUUAUACAUUAAUUUUGUUCUCUUGCAUGCUCAUCAUAAAUUGUAAGGGUGAAAUCCUGGUCAUAGUGGAAAUCAAUAGGACUUUUGCCAUUGAUUGACUGAGACUAGGAUUUCCCCUGAAAGAACAGACUGUGCUAGAUCUGAUUUCUUUCACGCUUGUAGGCAGCUGCAUUAGCUCCACUGUCUCCCACAGCUGUGAUCCAAGUGAGGAACCAAGUCUGGGGGUGUUUUACACAAGUAGAUAACGUUUUACUGAGAUCAAAGAUGUUUCAGUGUCAGCAGGCCAUUCAGGGACUCGGUGACCAAAGCUAGCGUAAUAGUUGCUGAGAGGGGUUUUUUGUCUGUGAACCACCAAGAGCCACAGUUCAUAGACUAUUUUUGGAGGCUCGAAGAAAAUGUAUAUGUACUAAACCCAAAUUGCUUUGAGUUAUGCCUGAAUUUUUUAUUAAUUAAUUUAUUCUUUUUCUUAAGGCUGAAGUAGAGCCACCUUUUCUUUGGGAAACUAGCUGUACAUUUCACAAAAGUCUGUGAAAACUUUGACCACCAGAAUGAGUUAUACCGAAUCCCUCAUCAGUCAUUUCUAUGCAAACAAAUUGCUCCUCCUUUACAGAACCCCAUUGGAGUCAAUGGAGGUCUGAGAGGGCUCCACAACGUAUGUGUACAGUCACUUGUGGGAUUGGGGCCUGGAUAGCUAACAUAUAUAGGAAAUUUGAUGAAUAUUGAGUACUCAAAGAAGCACUCUUGCAAAUAAUUUGCAGACUGAAAUUUACCCACAGAGGGCACAGUUCAAACCAUUCAGAAUUAGGAGCAAUUGUUUAAAUAUUGCAGGCAAUAUUCAUAAACAGACAACGGGCUAAAUUUGGGAAAUUAUCCAUUUGUUGCGAACUGUUCAACACUAGCCUGAGUAAAAGGGUGUGGCAUCUGUGGCAUUAAAUAGGUUUGUAAUCAGGGUAAAGAUGGUGCUUCCAUCAGCAGUUAUUUACCAAAUAUAUAAAUGAAGCUAAUUUAUGAUUUAUCAGUUGUAAACUAGCAUGAAAGGUAAUGUUAUGAACAAUAUUCCUUUGACAUUUUAACAGUAUUAAUGUAUUCUAAUAAAAGUGUGUUCCAUUUUGUCCUGGGCAGUCCAGUGUAGGAAUGUGAGAGCUCUGCAGUGCUACCUGCUUAUCUGUGCCUAUACAUAUUUUUAGCCUCUUUAUUUGUCACAUCCUCAUGUAUUGUAACUUCAUAUUUUGUUAUGUUAAAAAACGGUGUGUUCUUCAUUAGUGUUCUGAAGGAAAUACCUACUCCAAAACAAGGUUUUCAUUCCUUUUUUUCAUUAGGUUUUUUCAUUCCUUUCCCCCCAACUGUCUGUUGGGAAACAGUUUGCUAAAAGCCAUUACUUUAAAGAAUCUUUUUCAUACUAUUGGAUCCCAGUAAAUAAAUUGGUUCUACUAGCUAAUGCUGUACUUAAGAUGCUCAUUUUCCCUUCAUUUUACAAAUGAAAUCUCUCUCUUUCUUUUGAGCGUUCAUUUUGGUUAAAUUAAGCUUGUCCCAACUAUAUUUUCAUAUAGUGUGUCAGUUUGCAAAGUCUCUAUAUAUGUAUAACUUCAUUUUUUUCUUCAGUAUAUAAAUAAGCUCCAGCAGUUUCAUACUCACAAAAAUCUCUUGUUUAACAAAUUGAGUAUGCAUAUAAAAGAUAAUGCAGUAGCCAAUGUUGUCAAACUCCCAGGCUUUCAUUAUAAAUAAUAAUGAGGCAAAUUGGAGUUUAAGCAUGCUGGAUCCUCAACUUCUGUAUAUUUAUUAUAAACCAACUGAAAUCAAUGAAAAUGUGGCAAAUGGCAUCAGGUUAGGAUUUCACCCCAAAUAAAAUGAGAGGCUGUCAAUAUUUGUUUUGAAAUGUCUCUUGAAAAACUAAUACAUUAUUCAUGAAUGGCAGAUGGAAGAUUUUACUGUUCUUUUAGGUUCUUUGUUUUAUCUGGGCCACAACUGCACACAUUUCUUGUGUGUCAUUCUAUUUCUGGGUCAUGUAUGUAUCAAUGGAAAUAUUAAAUACUUCAAAUAUUUUCUUUUCAUUGAAGUUUGACUGUAGACAAGGAAAUCCUGAAAAGCUUUUGGAUUUUUUUAAAAAUAAGUUUCGGAUCUACUGACAUAAAAGAAAAAAUGGAGACAUUUCAUCUUCGUAGAGAAGAGGAGGAGAGAAACAAACAAAUAUCUAACUGAGAAUGUCUUCAUCACUUUCUAUAUUGAAUCCAAAGCUGAUAUUUUUCUAAAAAUUGAGAGAGAAAACAUAACAUAAGGGAUAGCAGGUUAGGAAUAACCUGCAUACAAGAUAGCAAACACUUCUCUGAGGUAUUGCCUGUGUGGAAGCAUGGUGUAUGGUUUUACUGUUUUGCACCAAUGUCUGUGUGACUAUGGAAAUGAACAUUUUAUUGACCAUCUUGUUUUCACUCAAAAGUUGUGAUGGUAAUAGGCUGACCCAUUCUGUCUUGAUGGUUCCCACAAAAAGCAAAAUUGGCUCCUGUGCCUCCCCCUUGUUAAGUGAAUCCCUUCUGUUAUAAUGAAGUUCUUGUGUAGACCUUAUUCAGCAAAGUACUUACUUACCUGUAUGCAUUAGAGUUAUCACUGGGACUACUCGUAUCUUAAAAGUUACCCAUAGUGUGAAACACUUGGCUGGGUCAGGGCCAUAGUGCACAAGAAACUGGGACAUGUCCUGACCUGGUUCAAAGGCUAUAGUGAAAAAUAUGAUUUGUUUUCUCCUGUUCUGGGCCACUGUAUAAAACUAGAAAUAAUGUUUUCAAGUGUUUAUUGGAAUGCAAAAUAUUCUACUUUUCAGGGGGGGAAAAACAGAAACUAACCACAUGAAAGAGUGUAUAUUUUUCUGUGUUCACUGUUAAACAGUUGUUUCUGUUAACUGCAUAAUUUUGCUAAGCAAAAAUGGACUUUGUAUUUAUAUUCUCCUUCUCUGUAUAACAAGUACAAAUCCAAAACUUCUGUAGGGGGUGUUUGGGGUUUUUUUCACAACUCUGUGGACAAGUGCUGGUUAUAUUUUAAAAGCAUGUUUUUUUAGCUAUUUUUCUACUAGCAUGUGCUCUAUAAGCCUUAUGUUCUGGAACCCUAGCAAAUUGCAGGAGGAACAGUUCAGUCACAUUUAGCUUGGACUUCUUAACACAGGCCCACUGAAAAUCCCUCCUCAAAAAAGGCAAAUGCCCGUGUAGCCUAAUGCACGUGCCUCUUUCUCAGCCCACUGAAUUCUUUUCUCCAACAUCUCCAUUUGCUCACCUAUCUGAAAUUCCAGACACAUUCAGGGUGUCUGCAGAGCAAUGCUGUGCUAUGAAGAGGUACUUGGUGUAGCUCAUGUACUGGAAGCAGUACAGGCAAGUUAGUAUGACUCUCCACCAAGAAUAAUUAGCCCUGGAAGCAGUAUAUAUUAGCCUGGGUACAGUUAUCCUAAUGUGACUUCUGGUACCCUCAGGGUGUGUCUACAUGAGACGCAGUAGACUGCAGACUUAACGUGCAGUAGACUGAUUGACUGCGCAUACACUGUCAUGCAAAAACUAUGCUAUCACGAAAAAAGCUUGCAGUUGUACUAAUGCACAGUUGGGCAGCCUAUUGCACAUUUAGUUAGUACUUCCUUUUGCAAGUACUAAAUAUAAUAAAUAGUAGGCACUGUGCAGUAAUGAACAUGUAGACAUACGCUCAAUGUCUAAGUGAGGGAGAAGAUCUUGUACAUCUUCACUGGGCUAUGCAGGAGGCUGCUUCCAGCACUAGUUUUCUACAAGUGACUGGCUUGGUUGAAGUUGGACUUCUGAUACUUGUGUGAUGUCUGGUUUAAAGCAUAUUGGUAUCAAUGGAAACCAUGACUCCCAGUGACUUGUGGACACUAAGUGAUUCUCAUCUAGAUGUGCCCAUAAGAAUUACAUUGUACAUUUCUCAUUAGUAGUAUUUGCUAUCCUGGUCUGGCUACUAGGACCCUGCUUUAGUCUAUUCUUAAAUUUAUCUAUACUCAGGGGAGUAUUUUAAUACAUGCAUAAGUUCACUGCCUUGAACAGGAUUGAGACCCUGGUUUUCCUGAAUGGAAACCUACAUUUGGCUCAAACCACGUCUUAAGAGUUGUCAUGAACAUAGGAAAAUGGGAGGCAGGUGAUGGAAGCUGUCAUGCAGUGGAGCGGAGGGCAGAAGCAUUUUUUCAAUGAAAUGAGAAGGAGCCUAGAGACCCAGUCACAAAGUAUCAAUGCUGCUGUUUGUACCAGCAGUUAGAAACCACAAUUCUAGCUAGAGGAAAUGUUUUCUAAGCUGCUUUCAACCACUGUCUGUGCUGACUUUGCCAGUAAGAUGUGAGUAUCUUCAAUUACAAAUUUAGCAGCAGCAAGGUCACUUCCUGCAGUAUGCCAAUAGUUUAACUCCAUUCUUGUUCAGGCCUUUGUUUGAAAACCCAUUUGUGAUUUUUUUUUUUUCCCCAUCCCCCUUUGGCUCUGUUUAUUUCUUGGUUAAUGCUGGCAGCAACUAAACUGCUUUGGGGUUGCAUUCUGAGGUUUUGCAUGAGAUAUUAAAUGUUUCAUUUGCUGUAUCAGUCAAUCAUAAGAAUCAAUCUUGCCAUCAGUGCUCAUGCUGUUUGGCAUCCCACACAGCUGGGACUCAAUUUAUUUCCACUCAUGUUGUUGGUCUGUUUUUUAAUUUGGCAUUCUCUUUUAGUGUCUUUACUAAUAACCUUGGCACAAGCCCCAGAGACAUUAAGCCCUUAGCAUUUUAUAUUGACCUUUUGCAUUGAUAAAUCCUGACUCAAUGCUCCCUAUACCCACUGGCAGCAGUGAUUAUAAAGAUUGUAGAUGAACUUUGGAGCCCUGCCAGAUCAGCUGUUUGCUGAGCUCUGUGCAUCAGCUCAGCUGGUGACUCUUACUUUUGUUUACCACUUCUUCACAUAAAACUAUAUUGCUGAAUACCUAUGAAAGUUUCUGUGGAUGAGGGCAGGACUUAUCAAAAAAAAAUUGCAAUUCAAACUAGUCAUGAGGUCUCAAAAGUACUUGAAUACAAACUGAUGGGAUGUCCAGUAUGUAGCAUCAUUUUGCCAAUGAAGCCCUACCAAUAAAAGCAGCAGCAUAUGAAAAGGUGGGCGAGAUUUCAGGAGGCCCAUAAACUCUGUAUGCAGCAGAGGCUUGAUCAAAGCCUCUUGAAACCAGUGGAACGUUUACAUGGUUUAGUUCCCCCCUACCAUUUCCCAGGGGUAUUAGAGCUUCCAUACAGCCAUCUGUUGUCUAUUUUUGUAAUUUUGUCUAUUUUUGUCUAUUUUUAUGAUCACACUUGACAAACUGUAUAGUUGCCACUUUUGAGUCCAGUCCUGUUCUCAGUGGAGUUAGUGGCAAAACUUUCAGUGCAACGUUAGAGCAACAGUUAGCCAGAAUGAUUUCUGUUGUCAUAGCACAUAGACCAUACAAAUAAAAAAAAAUGUGUAAAAGUGUGCAUUGGAUA